UAACACCGAAGAUUUCGAUCGCCACGUUGAGUCUUCCACUCAAAGGUACCCCAGAAGGUGAGUACCAUCAUCUAUCGUGGCAGCGAUCGACGGGCUCAAAUAUCAAUUGGAAGUACCUUGAUUAACAACAGGCAGGGGUGAGAGCAUCGAGUAUGAGAAUUUCUACGACAGGCCUGCGCAUGCUUCCACGAAAGGCGAAAAGGAACUCGACCCCGAGCGCACUCAGUUUGAUAGCGAGUACCAUGACGACUACGCCAUGGACCCUUUCAAGCCCUUCGACAACCUGCCCGAGGAGAGCUCGAAGUUAUUGACCUUCCGGGCCCUCUUUGUCGGUCUCUGCUGCGGCGCUCUCGUCAAUGCUUCCAAUGUCUACCUUGGACUUAGGACCGGGUGGACCUUCACAGCCAACCUCUUCGGUGCCAUUGCCGGCUUCGCUAUCCUCAAAUCGUUCAGCACAUUCCUUCCAGAGACGUCGUUCCUCGGUGGUAGCUUCGGUCCGCGGGAGAACAACAUCUGUCAAACUACUGCCAUGGCUAGCAGUGGUUUGACGCACGUGUUCAUCUCCGCUUUUCCCGCGAUGUACCAGCUGAAGUUGCUCGGUGAAUCGCCUCAGCAAGACUACCUGAAGAUCGUAGCUUUGACUGCGGUAUCAGGAUACUUUGGCUACUUCUUUGCUAUACCGAUGCGCAGGUUCUUCAUCGUGUACGUUGCACGCGAACUCCAAUCGGUCUUCCCUACCGCUUCUGCCACGGCCAUGACCAUUCGGUUCAUGCACCUAGCCACCACGGGUGAGGCGAUUGCUAAGAUGAAGAUGACGGCCCUUUCCAUUGCCUUUGGGGCUGCUCUGAUUCUCCGUGUCGUCUCACAGUACGCAUUAGGUAUCCUAUACGAUUGGCACGUCUUCACCUGGAUCUACAUUUGGGGCAAUUACAACAACGGUGCCCUUGCGGUAGAAAACUGGGGUUGGUACAUUGAAUGGACUCCCGCUUUUAUCGGUUCCGGCAUGCUUGUCGGCCUAAAUGUAUCCGCCUCAUUCUUGGCUGGUUCAAUCAUCGCCUGGGGGAUCAUUGGACCUGCCCUGGUACACAACAAUAUGGCCUGGGGCAUCGACUUGGGCAAAGGAGAUCCAAAGUGGGAAGGACAUAUGACGUUUACAUCUCUCGGGUUGGCGGCCUGCAAUAAGGACCACCCCUCGCCUCGCUACUGGAUCCUGUGGCCCGGCGUCCUUCUCUUGAUCGCCGUCUCCUUCACCGAGCUGGCCCUCCAAUGGCGUAUACUGUACUUCGCCGGCAAAGCGCUUUGCCGCGGCCUGGCAACGGGCGUGUAUACUCUUGGCCGUGCAAUGGGGAAAGAGCUCAACGCCUUUCAGCACUUCGGUUCUCAAUCUGAUGAGGACUAUGUGGAAGACUCUGCUACAGACGAUGAGCAGGUCAAGAUGUGGAUGUGGCUCCCUGGCCUUGUCCUGUCUAUCAUCUGCAUCUGCAUUGUCCUGAAGGUCGAGUUCGAUAUGCCAGUAGGAGUGUCCCUGUUGUCGCUCAUACUCACAACCUUUUUCUCCUUCGUUUGUACACAGUGCACGGGCGUCACCGAUAUUACACCUCUCACUGCCGCUACCAAGGCCUCGCAACUCAUCCUAGGUGGUGCUACCAGGAGUGAAGGCUGGGAGAUUGCAAAGGCACAAAGGUUGAAUUUAAUCGGAGGCGCCAUGUGUAGCAUCGGUGCCAGUGAGACCGCCCACUUGACCAGCGACUUCCGCAUAGGUUUCUUACUCCGUACACCUCCCAAGCUGCAGUGGUUCGCUCAGGGUCUUGGAACUCUCGCCGCGGUAUUCCUCGCUCCUACAAUGUUUUCGCUCUUUGCAAAGGCAUAUCCGUGUAUCACCGACAUUCAUGCUGACACUUGCGCCUUCACUGUGCCUUCCGUGUCCGCAUGGCGCGCGACCGCAAUCGCCAUUACAGAUCCCACUUUGCCCAUUCCGACGUCUUCCGGUAUCUUCGCAAUCAUCUUCGCCAUCCUCGGCUCUUUGAUGGUCCUUGUCCGGCACUAUCUGUGGGUCGGUAAUUGGGCGUUCAUGAAGAAGUACCAUCCGAACUUCAUGUGCAUCGGCCUUGCCUUUGUACUUCCGCAGACGCAGUUCGGUCUUGCUAUGACGAUUGGUGCUACCAUUACAGCAAUCUGGCGGAAGAGGAAUCCCGAGAACUUUGAUAUUUAUGGGUAUGCGAUUGCGUCUGGGCUGAUUGCUGGAGAGGGCAUUGGUGGAGUUAUCAAUGCCAUCUUCCAGGUAGCUGGGAUCGGGGGCGAUAAGUAUGGUUCGAAUGCUGGGUGCCCAAUGUCUUGUAAGUAG